AUGACGGACACUCGACGUCGAGUCAAAGUAUAUACCCUCAAUGAGGACAGACAGUGGGACGACCGCGGUACUGGACACGUCUCAUCCGUUUACGUGGACCGAGUGAAAGGAACGUCUCUUCUGGUGCGAGCCGAGAGUGACGGUUCUCUACUACUGGAGUCCAAAAUAAACACAAACACGGCAUACCAGAAACAGCAGGAUACACUCAUUGUGUGGUCAGAGGCUGAAAACUAUGAUUUGGCCCUCAGCUUCCAGGAGAAAGCCGGCUGUGAUGAGAUUUGGGAGAAAAUUUGCCAGGUGCAAGGAAAAGACCCAUCAGUGGACAUCACCCAAGAUGUGGUCGAUGAGCUGGAAGAGGAGCGCUUUGACGACAUGUCAUCCCCUGGUCUGGAGCUUCCGCCGUGUGAGCUGAAUCGGCUGGAGGACUUGGCUGAGCUGGUGGCCUCCUCGCUCCCGUCGCCGUUACGGCGAGAGAAACUGGCGCUAGCGGUGGAGAACGAGGGUUACAUUCGCAAGCUCCUCGAACUCUUCCGCGUGUGCGAGGAUCUGGAGAACCGGGAGGGACUGCACCACCUUUACGAAAUCAUUAAAGGCAUUUUUCUACUCAACCGCACCGCACUCUUCGAAGUCAUGUUCUCGGACGAGUGUAUCAUGGACGUCAUCGGUUGUCUGGAGUUUGACCCGGCGCUCCAGCAACCGCGGCGGCACCGGGAGUUCCUCACAAAGACGGCACGCUUUAAGGAAGUGAUCCCUAUCUCGGACCCUGAACUGCGUCAGAAAAUACACCAGACGUAUCGGGUGCAGUACAUUCAGGACAUGGUACUGCCCACUCCCUCUGUUUUUGAGGAGAACAUGCUGUCCACCCUGCACUCCUUCAUCUUUUUCAACAAGGUGGAGAUUGUGGGCAUGCUUCAGGAUGAUGAGAAGUUCCUGACUGAUCUUUUUGCACAGCUAACAGAUGAGGCCACAGAUGACGACAAAAGACAUGAACUGGUUAACUUCUUGAAGGAAUUCUGCGCGUUCUCACAAACAUUACAACCUCAAAACAGAGAUGCCUUCUUCAAGACAUUGUCUAACAUGGGUAUUCUUCCUGCACUGGAGGUCAUACUAGGAAUGGAUGACGUUCAGGUGCGAGGGGCGGCUACGGAUAUUUUCUCUUACUUGGUGGAGUACAACCCCUCCAUGGUACGAGAAUUCGUCAUGCAAGAGUCCCAGCAAAAUGAUGACGACAUCCUACUGAUCAACCUCAUCAUAGAACAUAUGAUCUGUGACACAGACCCCGAGCUAGGAGGUGCAGUGCAGCUGAUGGGUCUGCUUCGAACUUUGGUGGAUCCAGACAACAUGCUGGCUACCGCAAAUAAAACUGAAAAGACCGAAUUCUUGAGUUUCUUCUACAAGCACUGUAUGCAUGUCCUGUCAGCUCCGCUACUGGCCAACACCACCGAGGAAAAGCCUAGCAAAGAUGAUUUCCAAACGUCUCAGUUGUUAGCACUCAUUCUGGAACUGCUGACAUUCUGCGUAGAGCACCACAGCUAUCACAUUAAGAACUACAUCAUCAACAAGGACAUUCUCAGGAGGGUCCUGGUACUCACAGCUUCUCAGCACGCCUUCUUAGCACUAUGUGCCCUGCGCUUCAUGAGGAGAAUCAUCGGUCUGAAGGAUGAAUUCUACAACCGCUACAUCAUGAGAAAUUUCCUCUUCGAGCCCGUCGUGAAGGCCUUUCUGAAGAACGGCUCGAGAUACAAUCUCAUGAACUCGGCCAUCAUUGAGAUGUUUGAGUAUGUCCGUGUGGAGGAUGUGAAAUCUCUCACUGCUCACAUUAUUGAGAAUUAUUGGAAAUCUCUGGAGGAUGUGGACUAUGUCCAGACCUUCAAGGGUCUCAAGUUGCGCUAUGAACAACAACGUGAACGGCAGGACAACCCCAAACUAGACAGUAUGCGCUCCAUCCUGAGGAACCACCGCUUCCGUCGCGAUGCACGGACACUGGAAGACGAGGAAGAGAUGUGGUUCAACACGGAUGAGGAGGACCUUGAGGAUGGCGAGGCCGUAGUACGUCCUUCGGAAAAGAUGAAGAGUGAGGAGGACCUCAUGGAACCCAUAAGCAAGUUCAUGGAGAGGAAGAAAUUGAAAGACUCAGAUGACAAGGAAGUUCUGGGGAAGUCGAGCUUGUCAGGCAGGCAGAACCCAAGUUUCAAACUCUCCUUUUCUGGCGCCAACAAAACCAGCCUUUCAAGCCCUCCGUCAUCUGCGUCUCUGAACCCUGGUUCUCCUGGCUCACCAGAGUCGCCGGGCUCAGGAACGCGGAGCUCAGGUGCUACCCCAGCGGUAACCACAAAGGGAGGAUUAGUGGGACUCGUGGACUAUCCCGAUGACGACGAAGAUGAGGAAGACGAUGAGGAGGAUGGAGAGAGUAAAGAUGAGCUUCUGCCGCCUGCGAAAAAGUCCAAACUGAACUCCUAA